CUCAAGUGCUGGGGCGCUUGGGUGGGCAGCCUCUCUUGAAGGGGCCAUCUUGGGGUCGUUCCCAAGCGGACACACUUUUUCUCUCUGCCAUGGCGCGCGCUGCUCUCUCGCCCGAGGACCUGCAGGCCAUCGGUGGAGUCAUCUCCCUCCAGGUCGCUCCUCUACGUGCUGAUCUACAGUCCACAGUCGAUAAGAUCCACGAGAUGGACGAGAAGUUUGACGCCCAGAUCGCCGAACUGCGCCUGGAGCAGCAGAAGAUGAAGGUUACGGUGGAGGAGGCGCGCCUGUUGUGCUGGAGCUCCCUCAAUGCGAGGCCGCUCGAGGAGGACAACAUGUCGCAAGAGCUGCCUCCCAUUCCGUCUCAGCCGGUCGCCGCCGCCCAGCUGGACGCCAAGCUGAUCACCAUGGAGAGCACGCUCAUGAAGGCGAUCGCCUCCACUGCAGGGUCUGCAUCCUCCGCUGUCAGUGCAGAUCGUGUUGAGGUCGUUGGACCAGAUCCCUGGACCCGCUUCCUGGGCCGCAGCGGGUGCAAGAAACCCAGGCGUGGUGACCGCUGCAAGAUUUGGAUUCGGGGAUUCACCAGGAAGAUGCUAAACCGUGUUUUCGUGAAGCACUGCGAGCUGCUCAAGGCAGCUGCAGUGUCGUUGCUCGAUGGUGCAGUCCCCCAGCGCCAGAGCUACAAGUACUGUUGCAACAUCCGCUUCCAGUCCGCGGAAGCUCCCGGGGCUUUCUUCAGCUGGGGCAAGGAUGCAGGAGGUGGUAAGGACGCCUUCGCGUUCAUGGGGAUGCCAGACGCCAAGAUGUUCGAGUUCCCCGAGGCCGUGCUGAACGCGUUCCCUGAGCUUGCCCUGAGCAACCUCGACAAGCGCAGCCGCAAAGUGCGCGUGCUGCCCACGAGAUGCCUGACGGGAGACAUGUUGGGGCGCGUCGUGACGGAGCAGGGCCGAGUUCUGUGGCGACGUUGGGAUCAAGACAGGUGGGUCGGCCCGGGCAGCCCCGCAGAGGCGUGCCCUGCCGCGAGGGAGCCCCGGAAGCAGAGGCCAGAAGUGAGGGAUGCUGCGAAGCCCUCGCUGCACGGCAGGAUGCCAGUCGUGCUCGUCGGAGGCCUCGUGGUCGCGCUGACAAUGAGAAGCCUGCUGCCAGAGCAGGCUUUUGCCGGCGGCCCCUGA